AUGCAGCAGCUCAUAUCCCGGUUGCUCUCGCCGCCUGGACGACGUUUCCUGUACAGCAAUGGGAGGGAGAGGGAGCCGGAGCCGUCAGAAUCCGACCACCCUCUCGUGGGGGAGCAGAUUUCCUUCACUCGAGCCCCGAGCAUUACACCGCGGGAAGAUGGCCGGUGCCUGGCCGUCUUUACGAGCGGUGGGGACGCCCAGGGAAUGAACUCGGCGCUCAGAGCGGUCGUGAGGAUGGCCAUCUUCAGCGGAGUCCGCGUCUUUGCCGUGCGAGAAGGCUACAAGGGGUUGGUGGAGGGAGGGAAGCACAUCGAGGAGUUCCGGUGGGCGUCCGUCUCGAACAUUCUUCACAAGGGCGGCACAGUCGUCGGCACGGCUCGCUGUAAGGAGUUCAGAGAGCGGGAAGGUCGCCUCAAAGCCGCGGAGAACCUAGUGCAGCGCGGGAUCAACAACCUAGUAGUGAUUGGCGGAGACGGAAGCCUUACAGGCGCCAAUCUCUUCAAGAAGGAGUGGGAGGGUCUGCUGGCUGAGCUGGAGGAGGCCGGACGCCUCACCAGAAGCCAAGUCGAAAAGUGCAAGUACUUGAACAUCGUGGGGCUAGUGGGGUCCAUCGACAACGACAUGUGUGGGACGGACAUGACUAUCGGCACCGAUUCAGCUCUCCACCGCAUCAUCGAGGCCGUUGACUGCCUAACUAGCACUGCCGCCAGCCACCAGAGGAGCUUUGUACUGGAGGUAAUGGGCCGUCACUGUGGGUACCUCGCACUGAUGGCUGGGAUUGCUGGCUGUGCGGACGCCGUGUUCAUCCCCGAACGCCCUCCUAACCCAGGAUGGGAGGACAGCAUGUGCUACCAGAUCGCCCAAUGCCGAGAUGCAGGGCGAAGACACAGUCUCGUUAUCGUCUCCGAAGGGGCAGUGGAUUCAGAAAACAGGCCGAUAACUUCGGAGCAGAUCCGGGACAUCCUGCAGGCAAAGUUGGGCCACGACACGAGGAUAACUGUCCUCGGCCACGUUCAGAGAGGGGGGAAGCCGUCGGCGUACGAUCGCAUCAUCAGCGCGCGAAUGGGUGCAGCUGCAGUCAUCACCCUCCUGAACGCGGAAGGAGAGAUCCCUCCAAAGAUGAUCGGUGUUCAGGGCAACGUGAUCAUGCAGCUCCCGCUCAUGGACUGCGUGACGAAGACGCGGGCCAUAGAUACUGCGAUGAAGACGUGCGAGUUCAAGCAGGCCCUCGAGCUGCGCGGAAGGUCAUUCAAACGAAACAUGGAACUCUUGCGACGCCUCGAAUCCUGUCGAAACCCCGAGUGCGGAAGCGAAGAAGACAUUCUCUCCCCAACGCCCGUCCGCAGAUUCAAAUUUGCAAUCAUGAACGUCGGUGCGCCGGCAGCAGGGAUGAACAGCUGCAACCGAGCCUGCAUCCGUCUCCUGCUGUACAAGGGACACACGGUGCUGGGGGUGGGCAACGGGUUCUCGGGUCUUUUGGACGAUGACAUCACCGAAAUGUCGUGGGAUUCGGUGACGAAUUGGGCCGCCGAGGGCGGGUCUAACCUGGGAACAAACAGGAUUAAGCCUACUGCCCACACGCUGCCAGAGAUUGCUGCGAAAUUUGGGGAGCACCAUAUCGAGGGGCUUCUGAUCGUUGGAGGCUUCGAGGCGUAUCACAGUCUCAUAAUCCUGGAGGAGAACAGAAAACUCUACACGGCUUUCCGCAUUCCUCUCCUCGGGGUGGCAGCCACCAUCAGCAACAACGUCCCCGGUACGGAAUACAGUCUCGGUUGCGACACUGCCCUCAACACAAUCGUCAGUUCUUGCGACAUCCUCCGUCAAUCGGCACAGGGCAACCGCAAACGUGUUUUCGUCGUCGAGACGAUGGGCGGUUACUGUGGCUACCUCGCAACCAUGGCAGCUCUCGCAGGAGGCGCCGACGCAGCGUACAUCUUCGAAGAGAAGUUUACCAUCUCAGACAUCCAGAGGGACGCCGAUUACCUCGUCGGGAAAUUCAAAGACGGCCUCGAACGUGGUCUACUCUUGCGAAACGAAAAGUGCAACGAGAAUUUCACCACAACAUUUAUCACUGAGCUCCUAUCGGAACAGGGUAAAGGUGUUUUCAUCUGCCGCGACAGCCUUCUCGGGCACCUACAGCAGGGAGAUGCACCAACUCCCUACGAUCGUAUCCUCGGAGUCCAGUACGCUGCCCACACCGUCGAUUUCCUGCAGAAACACGCUCAGGAGAAUCUGAAUUCGCGGGAUAAAGUCCGUGCCGAGAAUGCCGAAUCGGCCUGCAUGAUCGGGCUCCAGGGAACGAAAUUCCAGGCAAUUCCGCUGCAGAAACUGGCAAAGGAUACGGAUUUCGAGCACAGGAUCCCCACGCACCAGUGGUGGAUGAGCCUGCGUCCACUCAUCGCGAUAUUCGCCAAGCACAAGGAGCACGAUUUCCGUGGAGAGACCCGCUAG